UUUUUAGCGCAGUGGGCACUUGGUGGCGUAGAGAGCCGAUUCCUCCGUUGAGACUGAUUCAAAUCUCAACAUGUUUCCAAUCCUCAAUGCUGUCAUUUGUAUCCAAUGUUACAGAUUUAAGUCUUUUGAUUACAAACAGAAAUCACCCCCUUUACAGAAUAACACAAAACUUCGGUAUUGCGUGAUGCAGGACAAUUGUGAUUAGGCAAUCGUGAAAAGCGAUGAGAAAAGUUACGGUUAUCACAUGGCAUUGCAUUGAAAAAUAUACGUGUAUAAUGUGAUUUGUAUUAUUUCUAUUCUCGAGCCGUUGAACUUUCAAGCCGCUCAUGUAUUUAUCAUUUCCAUUUAAACAUAACUCUUCUUUUCUCGAUUGAGUUGUCAAUCCUAGUGAAAAUAUAUUAAGAUAUGAGAUAAUAUAUUCAAGAGAGGCAUGAACAAUCAGGCGUGAUUUGUGGCGUUCGAGCGAGUCGUCCUGAUUCAGACCGGAUGAGUCGAGCGUAGAUUGAAUCGUUUGUCAUUUAACUGCAGUAUGGCGGAGGACAAGGAUCCGGCGACUCGACUGAAGGAUCUGGUUGAGCUCAAAGAGCAUCUGGAGGAGAUCCAGAGGAAGGUGGAGGAUGAGGUUCAGGCGGGAAUUCCUCAGGGUGGCUCACUAUUAGCAUCUCCUUUCCUGAAAGGAUUCCUGGCCGGGUGUGUGAUUUCCAGACUGCGUUCCUCAGGCUUCCUGGGAGUGGCUUUGGGGACCUUGACAGGAAUCUACGCCGCUCAGAAAUACGAGGUGCCCAACAUCGAGACAAGCGUCCGAGACUUCCUCAGCUCUCUGAAGAAAGGGCCGAGUAAUUAACAGCUCGUUAGCAACCCGAUUCACACUGAAGAGGAAAACAUGCAUUGCUUUUGUGUCAUUCAGCCUCACAUCAGAGCGCCUUCCCUGUUGAAUGAGAUAAAACUGUGGUCUGAGAUCUAUAUGUGACUAUAGAUUUUCAUUGUUUUUUUUUUUUUCAUUUUUCUUGAAUAUGUGUGUUUUGUUUCACAGUUAAAUUACAGUAGU